GCUCUGAUGGAGUAAUAUAAGCAAAAAUUUCAUUUUUUGUAUAAAUAAAUGAUUAUUUACUGGGCGGAGUCGAACAAAGAACGAUCGCAUCGAAAUGCCGAUACUUGAUAUUGUGUGUCCAAUAUGUACAGAAGUUUUCAAAAGCUCUGAUGAUAUCUGCAGCACUAGUUGUGGUCACAUUUUCCACUUGUCUUGUAUGGAGGAAUGGAAAAGAAGAGAAUCAAGUUGUCCCCAGUGUUGUUUUAAUAAUCCAACAACCCAUAAACUGUUUUUAAGUUUCGACGUUUCAGAUGAUAAUUCGAAUAAUCUUAAAGAACUUGAAUUAAAAUUGAAAAGUUCAAAUGAACACAAUCUUAAAAUUAUUGGUCAAAUGCAUGAGACCGAACACAAUUUUAUGCAAAUCCAGAGACAAUUUACGGCUGCUGAUGUUGAAAACAGAAAGCUUAAAGAAAAAAUCAGACAAUUGGGAGAAAAUUGUUUAGGUCUUCAAGGUCAACAUAUGAAAUCUUUGGAGCUUAUCAUAGAACUCCAAAGGCAGACACAAAACUUAUCAAUUGCAAAUGAAGCUAAGUCCGAAGAGUUAAAAUUAAAAUAUUUAGAAAAUGAAAAACUAAAAGCCAGCUUGAAGAGAAAUGACAAUUUACAUGCUCAAUUGUCUCUAGUUCCUCAACAUCCUUACAUAACCUCCAGAAGUAAUAUUACUGAGUAA